AUGGUCUGGUGGCAGCUGGCAGCAGCGCGCCACAAUGGGCACAUUGCAGCGGAGACCAUCGUGCUGGCAGUGCCAGACAGGGAGGGCAGGCGGAUCGGGUCUGGAGGAGCAACCCUGGGAGCUAUCCAGGCUUUGAGGGACCAUCUGGGGGAGUCAUCAUCUGCCCGCCUCCCAACAAUGAAAGUUUUACUGGUGCACGCAGGGGGAGACAGCAAGCGCCUGCCAUGGGCCAACCCGUGUGGCAAGCCCUUUGUGCCCUUCCCCCUGCUGGCUGGGGACGACCCUGAUGGACCCCCCUUGACUCUCUUUGACCACAUCCUCGCGGUUUCAGCUCUGGCUCUUCAGGCCCUCCCACCCACUGACGGCGCCCUCUUCAUAAUGACGGGCGACGUGUUGCCAUGCUUCAACGCAUCUCACAUCCGCCUGCCCUCCCACGGGGCGCUGGUCGUCACUGCUGCCGUGCCCCUCGACGUGGCCUCCAGGCACGGAGUCAUCCUUGCUUUGGACCAAACCAAAAGUGUUGCUUCGGACCAAAUCAGAUGUGUUGCCUUGGACCAAACCAGAUGUGUUGACUCGGACCAAACCAGAUGUGUUGCCUCGGACCAAACCAGUCACGUUGCCUCGGACCAACAGAAGUUGGAGCAGCAACAGCAUGAGAGGCAAUGCGACACAGGAAAUUCCCCUGAACUAGUAGUUGACCUUUUACAAAAGCCGAGUGUGGCAGAGAUGGUUGAGAGAGGGGCACUGUGCCGCACAGGGGGAGCUCUGCUAGACACAGGGAUCUACGCGGUCUGUGGCGACACGUGGCGUGACCUGAUUGGCUUGGCGACCAGCGACGAGGACUUGCUCGCAGAGCUGCUGGCAUCAGGCGAAGAGUUGAGUCUCUAUGAAGAGUUGGCAGCAGCAUGGGUGCCGGCACGCCAUGCCUGGCUCUCCACUCGCCCCCUCGGAUCGCACCUCCUCGCCCAUCUCAGCUCCCAUUCUCUCUUCCACCACUGCGCAGACGAUCUCUCCUUCCUGCACUUCGGCACAGCAUCGGAGUAUCUCCACCACAUGCGCCUUGCCUACACUGAGCGAAUGCCGCGCCGCCACCUCAGCGCGGUCGCCGCACCCACAGACUGCCACGUGGCGCAAUCUGCAGCACUCAUCUCGUCGCACGUGCCACCUGGCGCGUGUGUCGGAGAGGGGAGCGUCGUCUCUGACAGCUGGCUGGUCCGAGGCACGCGGAUCGGCGACCGAUGUGUUGUGAUUGGCGUAGACACAGCCGCCGCCGCCCCCACUGCUGAGUCAGCAGCUGCCAUGCCAGCAUCUGCCAUGUCAGCAUCUGCCAUGUCAGCAAGAGCUUCUGAUGCCACAUCUGCUGAGCCCGCUACCAGCGGUCCUCCUGUAAUCCAAUCGUUUUGUCCUCUAGUGCUGCCAAGCCACAUGUGCUUAUGGCAGGUGCCGCUAAAAGGGGGGCGGGAGGUCACCCUGUGCUGCGGCGUGGAUGACAACCCUAAGUUGUCGUUAUCUGGGGGAGGCUCCUUCUGUGGCCGGCCCUGGGGGCUGUGGCUGGGAGACAGAGGGCUCAAGGAGACGGACAUCUGGCCAGGUGAGCUGUCCUCUCAUCUGUUUUCUCCGCAUUCUCCUGGCUCUAUCUGCAUGCUUUGCCAAGCUCUCAGCCAACAGUUCGCUGACACGUGGCGGAGAUCCGACCGCACGUCGCUGGCUCUCCUCCACCGUCAGAUCGACUUCCCUUCUCUGCUCUCCUCGGCCCUUCACCGUCGAUCCGUGCUGCUCGCUGCCUUUGCUCGGGCUGCAAUAAAUGGUGGUGGUGGUGCCUCACCUGUUUCUGCUAGUGGUGGCGUUGAUAGGACCACUGCUGCUACUGCUGGAGGGUCCUUGGGUCGCAACUUAGCUUCUCUGACACAUCAGCUGCUGCUUGCUGACGUGGUGGACGCACACAGCAGCACCUGCCACGUGGCAGCAGCCGUGCCGCUAGGUGCCACUGUCACUGUGAUGCAUGUGGAGGUUUUUUCCACCAUGGCUCUCUGUCUUUCCACCAUGGCUCUCUGUCUUUCCACCAUGGCUCUCUGUCUUUCCACCAUGGCUCUCUGUCUUUCCACCAUGGCUCUCUGUCUUUCCACCAUGGCUCUCUGUCUUUCCACCAUGGCUCUCUGUCUUUCCACCAUGGCUCUCUGUCUUUCCCUUCCCCUUCUGCCCUUUCAACCCAUGCUCCCAGCAGCCCUGCCUCUAGGCGCCACUGUCACAGUGACUCUGCCAGUGCGCCUCGACAUUGCAGGCGGGUGGAGCGACACGCCUCCCUGGAGUCUAGAGCGGUGCGGAACGGUGCUGAACAUGGCCGUGAUGCUGGACGGAAAGAGACCAGUGGGGGCCACUGUGACUGUAGUGAAGGAGCCUGGCGUUCUAAUGGAGGACGAUUCAGGGGCGUCCCUCCACAUCCCAGACCCCGCCACCAUCCCCACCCACCUCUCCCCUCAAGAGCCCUUCGUUGUAGUCAAGGCCGCCCUCCUAGUCACUCGCAUAUCCACCCUCCUCUCCCCCUCCUCCUCCUCUUCCUCCUUGUUUGUUGGCCUGCAUAUUCGAACAUGGGCCGAUGUUCCCAGGGGCAGUGGUCUCGGCACGAGCAGUAUAGUGGCAGCUGCUUUGGUGCGAGCGCUGCUGCUGCUGGUCAGAGGGGGAGGGAGGAGCAGGAAUGGGGCCGAGCAAACACCUGAAGCAACAGAUGGGGCACCUGAGGCAACAGAGAAACCACCUGAGAAAGCACCUGAGGUGACAGACGAGGAAGUGAGCCGGCUGGUGCUGCUGCAGGAGCAGAGGAUGGGCACAGGGGGAGGGUGGCAGGACCAGGUGGGAGGGCUGUACCCGGGCGUCAAGUGCACCACCAGCCUGCCCACUCGCCCCAUUCGUCUCGUAGUGGACCCUCUACCCCUGCUGCCGGCGUUCCGUUCUAAUCUGCAGCAACGCCUGGUGGUCGUCUUUGUGGGCCAGGUGCGGCUGGCGCGUAACGUUCUGAAGAAUGUGGUAACCCGUUACCUGCAGCGGGACUCUCGCCUCAUCUCCACCAUCCAACGGCUCACAGACCUUGCCGAGAUCGGCCGCCGCGCGAUCGCAACCGCCGAUCUCGACCUUCUAGGGCGCGUUCUUUCCCACACCUGGGACCUUCACCAGGAACUCGACCCGCACUGUAGCAAUCCACAUGUCGACGCGCUAUUGGCUGCUGUGGAGCAUCUGAGUUGUGGGGCGAAGCUUGCAGGGGCGGGAGGGGGAGGGUUUGCGAUGAUCAUGGGGAGGAGCGAGGAGGGAGCUGAAGAGAUUAAGGGGAUUUUGAGAGGCAUGGGGGAGCCUGUUAGGGUGUAUGACUGGGCUGUCGGUUUUUGA